UAACAAGCUGUUAGUUAGAAUAACAUGAAUCUCAUCCAUCCAAAAACCACACCUCAACACUCUCUACCAUGUCUCUAACAUCACUUCCAACUUUUCCAACUCUAAACAAAAACCAUUCACUUCAACCAAAUUUACCUUCUACUUCCUCAAAGUUUGGCACAAAUUUGGUUUAUAAUGAUGCAUCAGUCACUGUUGCAGCAACUGAAGCAGUUGCAUUAGCCUAUGCUGCUGUGAAUGCAGCUAGACAUGCUGUGGAAGAGAGUGAAAAUGGGGUGGUUGGAGAAAAAAACAUAGGAUUUGAUGAUAUGAGGAGGAUGAGGAGAAGAAAAAGAAGGAAAAAUUUGGGAUGUGUGGUUGAAGAAGAGAAUAUUCAGAACAAUUUUUCAAGAGAGAAAGAACUUGUUGGGUUUUUGAGUUCAAUAGAAGAGGCUGAGAUUUGUUUAGGUCUCAAGGAAGGGGCAAGGAUUGAAGUUUCUAAGCACAGAAUGACAGAACAUGAAGGGAAUUCUUCUAUUUCAAGAAGGCUUGCUCAUGGUAAUACAAGUCUAGAUAAAGUGUUGAGUAAUACAAGAGAAUCAAAAGAAAGAUUAGCUCAUGAGUAUCGUGGUUUAGUUGCGUCGAUUGCAGCUCGUUAUCAAGGCAAAGGAUUAAGCUUUCAAGACCUCACUCAGGAAGGAACCAUUGGACUUCUUCACGGAGCUGAGAAAUUUGAUCCAAAUAGAGGAUGUAAGCUGUCUACAUAUGUUUACUGGUGGAUUAAACAAGCUAUUCUUAAAGCUUUGGCUAGGAAGUCCAGAUUAGUCAGAUUACCGGGAGAGAAGUAUGGAAUGGUUGGAAAAAUUGCAGAGGCAAAGAAUGUGUUGAGCAAAAGACUGAGGAGAAAGCCAACAUACAAUGAAAUGGCUGAGGUGCUUAAUGUGAAUGUGUCCAUUGUAAAACUUGUUUCUGAAAGGAGCAGACAACCAAUUUCAUUGGACAAAGCUGUAUUUGAUCAGGGAAACUUAACACUUAAGGAGAUUAUGCCAGGGCCAGUUGAAAUGAUUCCAGAGAAGAUGGUUGAGAGACAGCUAAAGAAGCAAGGGGUGGUGAAGCUUCUUAACACACUUAACAAAAGGGAAGCAGAGAUUUUAAGGUUAUACUUUGGACUCAAUGGAGAGACUCCUUUGUCUUUUGAGGAAAUAGGAAAGCAAUUGAAACUAUCAAGGGAGAGAAUUAGACAGAUUCAUGGCAUUGCACUGUCAAAAUUGCAACAAACUACUCUUGUAGAUAGUCUAAAGUUUUAUGUUGUAUAGAAAAGAAUCUUGUUGAUUAACAUUUAUGAAUGAGAAAAAAAUGAAAUCAAGGAUGUGUUAAACAAUGUGGAUAGAGAUAAGAAGGUAGAGCUAGACUAUUUAAUCUAAGAAAACAAAAAGAAAUAGCAUUUUUACUUGUGAUUCA